UCCGUCCGUGAAAAUUUCCCUUUUCCCGUGUUCAUUUGGGCAAAGAUUUUUUGGACGCGCUGACUCCCCUCUAUCUGAGUCUUCUCUCUCAACUCGAAACUCCGCAACAGACUAUUCGCUUGCGUCUGAUCUUUGGGCCAUUUUUAGUUCCAUCGAUAUGGCCAACAAGCAUACCAUCGUUCUGAUGCAGACAUCUCAGAACAGAGCAACUAGAACAUUUAUGGAUUAUGAAUCAAUAAGUCAAGCAAUGGAGGGUAUUUGUGGACUAUAUGAAAGGAAACUCAAGGAGCUAAAUCCAGCCAUCAGGAACAUCACUUAUGAUAUUGCAGAUCUCUACAAUUUCAUUGAUGGCCUCGCAGACAUGAGUGCAUUAGUAUACGACCACUCAAUUCAGGCUUACCUGCCAUAUGAUCGACAGUGGAUUAAACAGCGAACAUUUCAGCAUCUCAAGAAAUUGGCACAUUGAUAUGCUACGGCAACAUUCCUCGACUAUUAAGCAGAUACUCUAUGAAAUGGAAUCUAUAAGUACAGAUUAGAACUUUUAUUUGGCCCAAGGUUGUCUGCUAUAAAUUCGCAGCUCUUGUUUUCGUCCCUACAUACAUUGCACCUGUGGUAUUAUACUUAGUUUGAGGUUGAAACCAGGUAAAGCUGCUCAGUCAGUGCAUAUUGUAGCCUUGUACUUUCUUCAUGUCAGGAUCUUCAUGUUGGUGUUGGAAUGUGUACCCGUAUUCUUGUGUAAGCAUAAACUGUUCGGUUGUCUGAUAGGUUUGAGCUGAAUCACUCUUUUAACAGUUCUACGAUUCGUUUUUUUAUUUUUUAAAAUUGUAGUUGAAUUGGUGUUCUA